UUGGGGUAUCAGAUCGGCUGCAGAGAUGUCUCCCAUUUGAGAGAUUGCGAGUCUUAUCAGUGCCCCGCAGACUAUGUCAAGUGUACCGACUCUUAUUGUAUUCCUCCCCGUUAUAUAUGCAAUGGUAAAUGGGAUUGUGUGGGCGGGUCUGAUGAGGUCGGUUGCGCUCGCUAUAUGUGUCCGGGUCAGUACAAGUGCGCCAAUGAGAGCUCGUGCGUACUUUUACACCAACUGUGCGAUGGUAUCCGUCACUGUCCUCUCGGCGACGAUGAAUGGUUCUGUGAGCUCACGUGUCCGGACAACUGCACCUGCAUUGGGCUGUAUGUCGACUGCAGAAACGCUAAUCUAACUCGACUUCCCAUUGAAUUCAUCCCAAAAGAGACUCGAAAGCUAGAGCUGACUAAUAAUGGUUUGGGUCCCUCUCUGGCGUACGCGGACUUUAGCUUCUUCGGCGACUUAGGAGAGCUGAUACUCCAAAGCAAUGGCUUAGAAGUGAUUAAAUCACGCAAAUUUUUGCAAUUGACAAAUCUUUAUAAAUUAGAUCUGAGAUUCAAUAACAUAAAAGUGUUAGAAUCGGCCGCUUUUGCCGAUCUGAGAUUCAAUAACAUAAAAGUGUUAGAAUCGGCCGCUUUUGCCGGUCUUAAGCGAGUGACUAAUCUUCUAUUGGAGGAAAACCCGAAUCUGUCGGCUAUAGAGCCGCGAGCUUUCGUCGGACUCACUUCACUCAGACAUCUCAAUAUCUCCAACAUUAACGUCGAGGUUCUCGAAGAGAAUGUUUUCCUCCAAAUGUCUUCAUUGCAAACAUUGAUUUUCACUCGAAAUAGAGUUAGGAUUAUAAAGAAGGGGGCGUUUAAUGAAUUGACUUCUUUGAUAUCGCUUGACAUUAGAGACAAUGAUUUGCAUGUAUUUCCUAAAGAUGUGUUUCACGCCCUCAAGUCUUUACGAUUUCUGUCAACUGAUAGCUUCAAGUUUUGCUGUUUAGCCGCUAAUAUUGUACCAUUUGAAAGAUGCCUUCCGCCACAGGACGAGAUCUCCGAUUGCGAAGAUUUAAUGUCUAAUUUAGUUCAACGAGUAAUUCUGUGGUUUUUAGGAGUGGUGGCACUCGUGGCCAACGCUGCUGUCAUUAUAUGGAGGUUUCAGACACGUCUCUAUUCAAACCCAGUCAGCUCUACACUUAUCCUAUCGUUGGGUUGCGCCGACUUCCUAAUGGGUAUCUACUUAAUGAUCAUCGCAUCGGUCGAUGAAUUCUAUAGGCUCAUCACUUUAUCGUGGAUUGUUGUGAUAAUGUUAGCGGGUUUGCCAUUAUUCCCGAUACCGUAUUUUAACGGCAAAUUCUACGCCCGCUCGGGAACCUGUUUAGCCCUUCACAUCACACCUCAUAAACCCGACGGUUGGGAGUAUUCGGUCGCUAUAUUUCUGUGCAUUAAUUUAAAAAUGAACAGACUUAAGGCCAGACAAGUCAGAGAAACACAGGUUGGCCGACAAAUGGCACUUAUAGUUAUAACCAAUUUUAUAUGUUGGUUUCCAGUGAUUGUGAUGGGAAUGAUGUCUUUGGCCGGAUUUACGAUUCCAGGUGCGGCCUAUUCGUGGACGGCUGUAUUUGUUUUCCCAGUAAACUCGGCGACGAACCCAAUCAUCUAUAGUUUAGCUCAAUCUCCGAUCUCUUUGUUCACAUUUAAGUCAAAACGAGAUUCAAUUACCAAUAAAUCAUUUCAUAUGUCAUUCAAGCAAAAGGGAAAGGCUGUUGAAAGGAGUAUCAGUGCUCCGAAAGGCAAAUUUAUGAGACCAUACCCCCCGCCCGGAUAUGUCUCUCUCAUUGAUUUCUUGGAUACUGAAGAAGAUCUUAAACCAAAGCAUUUACUGGAAAUUAGUUAUUCAAUCAGUGAAAUCAUUAAAGAUGAACACCAAAAGGGGAACGCUUUCGGAGGCAUUGAUUUUGAAUCGGUUUGUGUGUCUAAUCAGAUAUCGUUAGACAAUAGCAAUCGGUUGCGCGUAUAUAUACCCGACUUAAACACAUACCAUGUGGUGGACGCCGAAGAAUCGGAUGACUUUGCUUUCGAUAUGGAAGAGUUCGGUAAUCUUGUUAAACGUAUGCUUCGUAUAUAUCAUAUCAGAAUCAAUUCCUCGCCUUAUAUUAACGGUAAUAAAACGAGUGAAGACGACAACUCAUGCGAACAUUACUCAAAUAAUGCAAACGAGUCGAGAUUGUAAUGCAUUUAUUACCUAAACAUUUAGUUUUUAUGUUUUUGAUACUCUGAUAGCAUUUUAUUAUUAGCAC